ACUUAGGCUUUCAUACUCCUCUUUUACCUAGCUAUUGUUCUCAUCAUCCAUACUCAUCAUGUCCUAACUCUAUUAGGAUCUUCAUUGUGACAUCGAUACACACAAAAGCAGCCAGUAUGGACCCCGCCGUUGCUCGCGAGCUCUCCCGCCUCGACCCCGCGGUGCCGUUCCGCGCCUCUAGCGGGCAUCUUCAUCAUACUUGGGCUCGGACGUUCUACUCACGGCCACAGCUUUAUAUUCAGCCGCAAUCACUAGCAGAGAUUCAGAAAGUCGUCAACUUGGCUCGCCGUUGUCGUCGUCGGCUGGUUGUUGUUGGUAGCGGCCAUUCGCCUUCCGAUCUCACAUGUUCUUCCGCGUGGAUGGUAAACUUAGAUAAAUUCAAUCGGAUAUUGAACGUUGACCGUGAGACUGGAAUUGUUACGGUUGAGGCCGGGAUACGGUUGAGGGAUCUGGGGAAACAACUGGAGCAAGAAUAUGGGCUGACCCUCUCGAAUCUCGGGAGUAUCGACAGCCAGUCCAUUGCUGGCGUCAUCGCGACUGGCACACAUGGAAGCUCUUUGGCGCAUGGACUGAUUUCAGAAUGCAUUGUUUCUCUGACGUUGAUGUUGGCCAACGGGCAAUUAGUGCGAUGCAGUGCGGACAGCAACCAGGCGCUUUUUCGAGCAGCUCUUGUCUCAUUGGGGGCACUGGGAAUAGUUGUGGAAGUCAGUUUCCGCUCGGAGCCGUCGUUCAAUAUUGCAUGGAAGCAGACAAGGCGCUCGCUUUCGAGUGUGUUGGAUGAGUGGUCUUCUGGCUUGUGGACGUCGCAUGAAUUCGUCCGUGUAUGGUGGAUGCCAUACGGGAAGAGCGUGAUUCACUGGUAUGCCGACAAGACGGACCUUCCGCUGAAGCCACCACCAAGGACAUUCUAUGGAGAGUCCAUUGGCUACCAUGUAUACCAUAAUCUGCUGGCCCUGUCAAAUUACUUUCCUCGGAUUCUGCCAUGGGUGGAAUGGUUCGUUUUCGGUAUGCAGUAUGGGUUCAGAGCUGAGAAGACGGUGACAGAGGCAGUCGAAAAAGGACGUACUGGUCUCUUGAUGAAUUGCCUCUACUCUCAGUUUGUGAAUGAAUGGGCACUGCCGCUGGAAAAGGGUCCGGAGGCAAUCACAAGGUUGUCGGCCUGGCUGCAUGGCGAUACCGAAACAGCCCGCAUCCCUUUUCCCGUUGACGGACUCUGGGUUCAUUGCCCUGUCGAAGUCAGGGUUGCAGAUACUACACUCAACAAGUAUCCUCGUCCUUUCCUCGACCCGAGCAGUGCUGAUGGGCCGACAUUGUAUCUCAAUGCGACACUCUACCGUCCCUACCACAAAGACCCCCCUUGUAAGGAUCGUUAUUAUGAAGCAUUUGAGUGGCUAAUGAGGGAUAUGGGCGCAAAACCGCAUUGGGCCAAAAAUUUUAAGUCAAUGGGCCAAGAGCUGCGGCAGAUGUACGGGGAGAACAUGAAUGAGUGGCUCAAAGUGCGUCAGGAUGUUGAUGCAGACGGCAUGUUCCUUGGUGAAUGGCAUUGUCGUACCCUUGCUUUGUCCGAUGACAGAGCUCCGGGGUCAGGAUCCUCCGUGACAAGCGGCCUUCCAUUGAUGGAGCGCGAGAAGGCUCGUCGGCAGGCGAAAUUUCGCGGUGCCGGUGAUGGUCUUGAGUGGAUUGGAGAUAACCAGUGGCACACAGAUGCAAAAGAGACGAUUGGUGUUUUGUCGACUAUGGAAGAGAAGCACAACUCAAGUUCACCAACAACAGCAACAAGUGAGGAGAGCUUCGAUCUCCUCGCGUCGAGCGAGGCUAGUGUUCUCAUCCCUGAACCGUGAAAGGUACGGUUACAGCUAGCAAACAAUCUAUGCAGU